AUGGACUCAUCAUCCGAGUUCGAAACUCAGUCGACAACGUUUCUCGACUGGUUCAAAGCUCAACCAGGCACACAAUUCCACCCGUCGUUGAAAAUCGUAGAUCUACGAGAUCGCAAUGCAGGCCGGGGGAUCAUAGCAACUCAAGACAUCGCAGCAGACACCGACCUCUUCACGAUCCCUCGAGACAUCAUCAUCAGUGAAGAGACGUCGACGCUGGCGAAAAAGCUGCCAGAACUGUUUUCCAAGGCCACAGCCACCGCCGCCGCCGCCACUGCCAAUACCAAUGUUGAUAUUGACGACGACGACGACGACGACGACGACAUCGAUGUUGAUGAUGAAUCGGACCCCUCCGUGCCCGACUCAUGGCUCUAUCUGAUUCUCAUCCUUCUGUACGAAUCCCUGCACCACACGACGUCGCAAUGGCUGCCUUACCUCUCUAUUCUCCCACAGCGCGCCGACUCCUUCAACACGCUCAUGUUCUGGACCGACGGCGACCUGUCAGCCCUCAAGGGGUCUGCGAUGCUGAACAAGAUCGGCAAAGAGUCCGCGAACCGCAUGUUCACCGAGCGCAUCAUCCCGGUUGUCCGCCGGCACGCCGACAUCUUCUACCCAGGCGGCGACAGUCAGCAGCAACAACAACAGCUAAGCGACUCGGCCCUCCUGGAGCGAUGCCACAUAAUAGGAUCCCUGAUAAUGUCCUACGCGUUCGACCUCCAACCGGACGAGGACGAGGAGGACGCGGACUCAGACACCGAGAUGGCCGGGGUAGAAGAGGACGGGUGGAUCGAAGACCGCGCCGCCCCAGGAGCCGGUGCAGGUAGUAGCAGCAGCACAAAAAGCACAAUGGGCAUGGUCCCCAUGGCGGACAUGCUCAACGCCGACGCCGAGUUCAACGCCCACCUAUCCCACGGCGACGACAGCCUCACCAUGACGUCGCUGCGCGAGAUCAAGGCCGGCGAGGAGGUGCUGAAUUACUACGGGCCCCUCCCGAACGGCGAGUUGCUGCGUCGGUACGGCUACACGAGUCCCAAACACGCGCGGUACGACGUCGUGGAGAUUCCAUGGUCGCUGGUCAAGACCGUCACGAGAGGGUACGACGAUUACCUGCCGCAGUCGCAGACACAAAAACGGCGACAGACGCAAAUACAAGCACAAGUGGACAAGAUCCUCGACGAGAUUGAGCGUGACGAGGACAACCGUCUAGGUUUAGACCUGGACCUGGACUUUGACGACGGCGUUGAAAACGACGACUCAGCAGCCUUCGUCCUCGAGCGUGACUCCGGAGAUCCAGAUGACCAGGGCCUAUGUGUCGUCGACGCCAAAUUCGUCUCUUUCCCAGAAGAUAUGGUGAAUGUAGUCGGCCACGUCGUUACGAGGGUCCUGUCGUCGUCGUCGUCAACCACCAAGCCAUUUAAAUCUAAAAAGGACGAAGCGAAAAGGAUAAAGGGCGUGACCCUGGACAUUCUAAAAAGUAUCGUCCUUCGACGUCUCGACCUGUACCCUACCACCUUGGCAGAGGACCAGAACCUCUUACUCAACACCACCACCACAAUCCGGGAGAGAAUGGCGGUCAAUGUCAGACUAGGAGAGAAAAGACUCCUUGUCGAAGCGCUGGAGUGGACAGAGAGUAAACUGACCAAGUAUAGAGACUGA